AAAUUUAUCGUCAUUGAUUGCAAAUAAUUCCUGAUCUAGACUUUAGUUUGAAAAAAUAAGUUAACUUCACUGGUCAGAAUUAUGAGAUGGCGAUAUUCUAGACUGAGCUAUCAAGCUACAUUUCUUUUUUCUAAAACUCAAGAGGUCAUAGGGUUUUUUUUGUUUUGUAAAGUUUGGAGGCAUCUGAAGAAACUGCAAUAAAUAAACAGUUAAAGUCUCUUUCGCUUUUGACAAAAUUCUUUUUUGUUAUUGUUGCUAGGAGCACUGUCAAUAUUUGUUUCAAUGAGGAUUCAAUAGUUAAAAUGGCGACAACAAAUCAUAUUUAUCAGUCAUAUCAUAAUGUUUUCAGUUUGAAUACGUGCAGUUCUGAAUUGACAAUGCUUGUUUUUUGAGAGUAGACUUGUGUGUUAUUUAAUUCAGUUUUUAAUACAGCACCCAAAUCCAAAGAUGAUAAAGUUAAAAGAUUUUGUAACAGUCUCAACAUUGCAAGAACUUUAAAGACUAAUGGCUGCAGAGUUUAUGAGAGAGCAUCAGCUCAUUGUGGAUGUAAUAAGUGCAUGCACGUAUGACUUAUCCUUGGAAGUAGAAUAUAAGUACUUACGUCCACGUAUAGUGGAUAUCUUUCCACGGAUGACUCUAAGUAGAGAUGAGGGUAACGGCAGGGCAUCUUUUGAUAUAAUGAUCAAUAUUUGUGACAGUGCUAAGCGUUUGUCUAAAGAUGAUUUCAUCAGGUUUGUAGAUGCCAUAAGUGUUGAUUACCCAGACAAAGCUAAUGACAUUAGAAAAAAAUACAGAGAAUUCUCUGGAGGCAAUGAAUUGCCAGCUCCCAUGGAAUUACAGUUACCCAUUCAGUGUCACCAUGACAUUUCAAGGAACUCAGCCCCCGAGACACAACAUGUUACACAGCUACCUGUGCUUGAGUCUGGAAUACCACCAACAUACGAUAGGCCUCAGGUGCCGCAAUGGAUGGCAUCCAAUGAUGAAGAGGUUUAUUGCAUGGACACGCAGCCAAGAGGAAUGGCAUUGAUCAUCAACAAUGUUCAUUUUAAAUCUUUUUCUGUCAGAAAUGGCAGUGAUGCGGAUGUUAGUCAUUUGUCCAAGAUGUUUGAAAAACUGAAAUUUUCAAUCUGCUGUAAGGGUAAUCUGACAGCUGAGCAAAUGAAACAAGAAUGUAAAAAGUUUGCCAAAGAUCGAAAUCUUCAAAAUGUCUCAGCUCUAUCAGUGGUUAUACUGACACAUGGCUCAACAAAUGAAUGCUAUUUUGGCAUAGAUGGAUUUAUAGGCCGUGACAACAUACCAGUUAAGAACACCUACAUCACAAAGACUGAGCUGGCUCAAAUCUUCAACUCAAGGAACUGUCCUUUAAUGAAAGAGAAACCCAAGCUGUUUAUUAUUCAGGCUUGCAGGGGAGAGGAUGAAAAUCCAACAGAAACAAAGUAUCAGUCUUUGUCUGGGCCUAUCAUGAACUCUGACACUCCUAGAAGUGAGAUCCAGGAGGAUUCUCCAACACAAGUUCCAAAUGCGUCACCUCGUGCGGAUACAGCGGAUAUGUGCUUUGUUCACUCAUCUUCUAUGGGUUAUAAAGCCUACAGAGAUGUCACCAGAGGGAGCCCUUUUAUAGAGGACUUCACAGAUCUUAUUAUGAAUAAAUCCAGUGCAACUGAUGAAUUCUUACACAUUGUUCAAAAGUUGCAAAGGGCCUUUAGUCAAAAACUUUUGAGUAACUCAAAGAUGACAUUGCCAGAUUUCUCUACACAGUUGGUCAAAAGUUGGUAUAUCAUUCCUGCAUAGUCUUAAAAGAAUAAUGGAUUGGUGUAAAAUGUGUAAAUAAUUAUAUCAUUUAUUGUUUAAUUUUUUAAAGAUAUUUCACUAUAGGUAUAUCAUUCCUGCAUAGUCUUAAAAGACUAAUGGAUUGGUGUAAAAUGCGUAAAUAAUUAUAUCAUUUAUUGUUUCAUUUUUGAAAGUUAUUUCACUAAAUUGAAAUGUAUCCCUGUGACAUUCAAACUGUUGUAGUACUGGUACACUAAUAUAUCUUUUCUUAUUCUUUUAUUGAAAUUCUGGAAACAAUUGUUGUUUUUUUUUUUUGUUUGUUUUUUUUGUGUAAAUAAUGUAAAACUAUUCUU